CAUCUUUAAAGCCAGCAGCUGCGCAGAGUCCUCGCGCACUCUGACUUCUUCAGGCUCGGUCCAGACAGGCCUGCCAAGCCUCUCAAGGUUGGGAUCCCCCAACCACACGGACAAUUGUCUCUGCCUGCCCCCAUGCCUCCUCCGCCCUCUUUGCUUUCAGUGUCUGGCGGCGGCGGGAGCUCCCGUCUCUAUGGCAACAGAGGACGCGGGGGAAGCAGGACUGCGACAGUUGGGAAGCGCCCAACACCUGCACCUGUGGGGAUGGCUGGGGUUUCCAAGGUCCCCUCGGAGACACUGCCCUCCCCUCACCCCAUGGGGCCUGCUCUGCGCUUCCCCGCCUCCGGGACAACUGGGAUUCUCCGAUGCUCCCUCGGGUUCUAACUACCACCUCCUCAGCCUGUGUCACUGUGUCCAGAGUGAGACACGGUGAAGGACAGCGGCCUUAAGAUGAGAUGACACCGCCCAGCCGCACAGAGACCACGUGGAAUCACACACUGUAAAACAAUGCCAAGAGCAAAGGAAAGAAAACAGAAACCCAAAGGGGCUCCCGAACCGGUGAUUCCCGUUCUUCAGAAGUUCUUGAAGACAUACCAGAAGCAUUGCAUACAGACUCGGACCUCCAUGUGUCCCACCAUCCGAAGGGACCUGAAGAGCAGUAUGGACACAGAGAAGGUCCUCAGGAAGUUCAUGCUUGUAAGAGCCGGCGACUUCGAGACGAGCCGACGACGCGUCUCCCUGGAGCCUUUGCUAAUGACCAUCCGCGAGGAAAACUACACGCUGGGCAGGGAGCUGUGCAUCUGGGGCCUCCAGCUGACCAACCAGGAGAUCGCCAGACUUGCUUUGUUUCUGGAGCAGAAGGUGUACACAACCUGCCCACUCACCACCUUGGAAAUCCUGGACUGCAAGAUGGAUCUGUGGUCCCUGAGGCGGCUUGGGCAGGCGCUGAAAUUCAGCAGCUUGCAUUUCCUGGUCCUCGAUUACUGCAAGUUUGGACAUGAAGAACUUGAGAAUAUCUUCUCGGGCCUGGAGAGCAACCAAAGGCUCCGAGGCCUCAGUCUGCGCUACUGUGGGCUGGGGCCCCAGAGUGGGCCAAAGCUGGGCUCUGUCAUCAGCCAGAGCGCCAUUUGCGAUCUGCGCCUGGAUGGAAAUUAUUUGCAGUGUUCUGGAGCUCUGGCUCUCCUUAGACCCAUAGCAGACUAUGCAGAGUUGCAGCAAAAGAACAAGCCUGCCUUGCCAUCAUCACAUGCUGGAAGUGCCCCUCAGCUUCCCCAAGUGCACAGGGGAGGAAACUCAAGUCUGAGCCAGAUUGCGAAAUCUUUCGAAGCUUUAACAGUGAAAAAGACCUCACAGAAGAAAAGGAGGAAAAGAGGAAUCAGGAAAACAGUUAAAACCUUGAUGGAAGCCGGCCCUUGGGUAGUGGCGCUGCAUCUGGCAGAUAACUGCAUAGACGGGACGGGAAAGGAUGGAGAGCAGCUGCUGGAACUCACUCAAGCUUUAACAUGCCUGAUCCAAUAUUCUACUCACUUAAGGGAAAUCGACCUUGGAAACAAUGUCCUGGGAGAAAUGGCUACAGUUGACAUCCUGGAAGCACUGAGAGCCAGAAAGACAGGUAAACUACCAUCCUUAAAAAUCACGGUCACUGCCCGUAUCUCUUCGGAAACCUUCAGAGCUAUUUGGAAACUUAGCAAGAAAUCCAAGACCGGUAAAAAGAAGAAAAAGGUAAAAAUCUGAAUACAGAUGCCAUUUUUCCAAAUGGAUGUCACCUGUUUCCAUGUCCAGACUGACAUAGCUACAAAGAUACUGCUUGUUGAACACAAAUAUUUUUCAUUGCCGUCACUCCUGUUUUGGGUUCUAAAAUUCAUUAAGACCACUUAGGAGUACCUCUCUUCACACAAAUCAGUCUCUUAGCUGUGGGUUUCAUUCUGCACCUGCUGCCACUAAGCCACCAGGAGAAGGCCAAGGCUUCACUGGCAACAUCAUGACUGAGAAAGGCAUUACUUCUGGAGACCCACUUAUCAGCGACGGCCUACCAUGGGGAAGACUCCUUGCCUAUCUUUCCAAGGAGCAUCUAACUGUAACAAGCCAGUGCAUGCCAUGACGGUGAAGAUGCCUUGUGCUGGGUACCAACUUGAUUGAAGGUUGAUGACAAGAAGCAGAGAAGGAGAGGACACUGACAAAAUUGAUGAAUGGGAAAAUUCAAAAAGUAAUUGGUUUUGAUAACAAAGUGGGGCUUAGGACUGUUGAAACAGGACCUAAAAUCAUAAACCCUAAGGAAUUAAAGUCAAACCCAGUGUGGUGGCACAGACCUGCAAUCCCAGAGGCUGGGAGUAAAUUUAAAGACAAUCCAGCUAUAUAGGGAGUUCAAGGCCAUCCUGGGCUACAUGAGACCCUGUCUCAAAUACAAAAAGAAAGAAAGAAAGGGAGGAAGGAAGGAAGGAAGAAAAAGGAAGGAGAGAGGAGAGGAGAGAAGAGAAAGAUGGAAGCAGUCUGAGCCUCUGUUGUCUUAGCAGCAGCAGCAAGAGAUGAUAAAGACAGAUAACAAUGGAAUAUUCUGGUUUAAAACAAACAAAAACAAACAACAAAACAUGCUAGCACACUCGUGUAAAUCCCAACACUGAAGAAGCAGGAGCAGGAGGAUUGCUGCAAGUCUAAAGCCAGCCUGGUCUAUAAUGAGUUCCGAACCAGCCUGAGCUCACACCAAAGCCCUAUCUCAACCAUAAGCCCCUAUAAGAAAAGCAGAAUUACCCAUGCUGGGGAGGGGUGACGGAAUCCCCUGGGGCCAGCGGAGGAGGUUGCAUCAUGGGGUUCACUGAGUGGGCGUUCUUCACAUUUCCUGACUUCUGUUUUCCCGAGUCUUCAGAACAGUGUCACUGGUACAGAACGGGCAGAGAGGAGAACAGCAAUUGUUCUUCCCCCAGUUUGGCCAAACUGUAAGUAAACCUGUCUUCCUUUACUGGUGUCUGUUUCAGAUUUUAUUUUAUUUUUUUAAUGAAGCAGCAGAUAUACGGACCUAGGUGCCUAGCAACACAUGACAACCCUGUGCAGGUACAAAACAUGAAUAAAUAAAAAACAACCCAUUUAUCUGACAUAAUACCAGCAACAUUGAGGAGUCAGAGGCUGGAGGAUCUCAAUGAGUUUGAGGUUAGUUUCUCUGCAGAGCAAGCUCCAGGCCAGCCAGAGUUACAUGGUGAGACCCUAUCUCAAAAAAUAAAAAUAAAAAAUUGAAAAUGUAGAUCUUUAUAAAUAGAUCUCAGUAAAGGGAAGGAGGAAGGGAAGGAGAGGGAGAGGGAGACAUUCUUGGAUUUCUCUUGCACAUGAGAAAUAAUGUGAAGAAAGUUAUGCUCUUUAUUUCAAACAGACAUAAACACAAUUAUAAAUAUGGCCGUUAAGAAAGUUUAGAGACGGUGGCCAUUUCUGCCAUCAUUACUCUUAAUUGUCAAAUCUGCUGGGAUUUGGAAACACACCUCUGGGUGUGACUAGGUGGGUGUUUUCUGAGAGCCUUAACUGAGGCAGGAAGUCCCACCCAAAAUGCGAAUGAGACCAUCCCAUUGGCUAGAGGCCCAGACUGAAUGAAAAUGGAGACAGAACGCUGAGCAGCAGCCUCAUCUCUUUACUCCUGACUGGAUUCCCCACUCCCCUCCCCGCACCGCCGUGCCCAGCUGGCCUCAUGCACCGGCUGCCGAGCACUGCCACUUUUUCUUCCUUUGAGUUCCCUCGGUUAAUCAUCUUGUCAGAAAGACAAGAAAAGUAGCUGGUACAAUUUCCUUAAGGACACCACCCUAGAUCUUUUCUAAAUGAGGCAACCUAGAAACUGUGCGCCACCCUCCAAAUGCCAGCUAGUUCAUGAGAGAUAGAAGAGGUACGGUUUAUAGAUGAUAAUUAGGGUUUAAAGUCUUCUGUGUCCUCACAGUAUGGUACAGCUGAGAAGGUUAUGCACUCAGCCAUUAGAGCAGCCAGAAUUUUCGAUGAAAAACCUUCUGGUUUUCAGCUGUGCAAGUCAGUUAAGCUCACUGUUUCCUGAUUUGUCCUUCUGUGAAAUACAAAUUAAAAAAAUAAUGAUAAUAACUGGACUUGGUGGCUGGCUAUUAGAUUUCUGAGACAGUGUAAAGAGGCAGAAGGCAGAAAGAGACCAGAGGCAGAGACCAGGGAAGAAGUCCAAAUCCAUUCGGGCUGACUUUGGAUUCUGGCCUCCAGGAAAACUUCUGCCACCAUGGUGGCAUAGUGUGUGUUCCUUGUGUAUGUGUGCACUUUUCCCCUGGCGCUGGAUUCAGUCUAGGGGCCUGUGCUUGCUACAUAAGCCCUCUACCUUCUCAAAGGGUUUCCUUGCACCGUGUGGAGAACAGCCAGCCAACUCAAUAAUCAAAUGCCGUUACAUUUGGGUAUUUUGUCUUGUUUUCCUAAUAUGGUGGGAUCCUCAGUGCACCAGCCACUAGGACUAUGUUGACCCAUAGACCCUUGAGAAUCAAUGGAUAAAGAGUUGUCUUUGUUUUGAGUCACAAAGUGUCUUAUCUUUACAAAGCAAUGUCUCCCCAAUGAUCUCAACAGUCAUAAAUCUCUUCCUCGGGAUUUUACAAAUGUGGGAAUAUUGAUUCCAGUUACCAGAGAAAACAACACAACUAUUGUCACAAAACUCUGAUGUCUCUCCUCUAUUCUGUUUUCGUGGGUCUAAUAAUAGAUUUUAAAAUGCCACAUGCACUCAAUAGAUCUGGUAUAAAGAGAUUUAUUAUAUGGAGGAGGAGAGAGACAGACAGUGGAAGAGCAUAGGAGAAGAGAAAGAGGGGGAUUGGAGGGGGGACCUGACAGAGAAAAGUCAGAGGCAGCAAGGAAGGGGAGAGAAGCUGAGUUGGAGAGAACUGGUGGGAGUGGCAGACGGGUUAUAUCUGGAACACUUGGCCCAAGUGGUGACAUAGGAUGCAGGUGGUGACAUAGGACAUUGUCAGGCUCCUAAAGGCCCCUGAGGGCAGGCCAGUUGAAUUACCUGAACAACAACUUAACACUCCCUCCCCCUUUUUAAUUAACAAAAAUGAGGAGCCAGGGAGGGGCAGUGAGUCAGAAUGAGGACGUUGGACUGCUUCUCAUGCAAUGUACAUUCAUUGGAAGCAUCUCUUGGCUGCCAGGGUAGAGGGAGAGACAGACAGACAGACAGACAGACAGACAGACACACACACACACACACACACACACACACACAGAGAACCAAAAUGUCCAGAUCAUAUGGUAAAGGAGAAGGGGAAGUCCCUUCCUGGAAAUUUCAGGGUAGAGGGCAGGGGUAUGCCAGCCAUGCCCUGCAGCAGAUAGGGACAAAGGAAUGCUGGGAGAACCUGGAGCUGUUUGUCCCAGUUCUGAAACACACCAUUCCAGCCUUUUGUUGAUAAUAAAUGCAUAAGGAAUAAAGAAAUCGAAUCAUCUUUGGUUACUUCCUGCUGACACUGGGGCAGCAACGGUGGG